AUGGCUUACCAAAAUCGACCCCGCCCAGCCGUAGGCUACGAGGCCCCCGUCUCCAACAAUGGCUUGACCUACGACCCUCCCACCCCACCUUACGACUACAAAUACGACGACAAGAAAGAUGGCUCCGACGGCGAAUUGGCACUGGGCCAGGAAACCACAAUCGCAGUCGGAUCGGGCGAAGACAAGUUCAAGCGCCUCAGCUGGCCAGCCCUGACCAUCUGUCUGAUCGUCGAAGCCAUCGCACUCGGAAGCCUGAGUAUACCCUCCGCCUUCGCCACCCUCGGAAUGGUCGUAGGCGUGAUUCUCUGCCUCGCCCUAGGCCUCAUAGCAAUCUACACCUCCUACGUCGUCGGCCAAGUCUCCCUCCGCCACCCGGAAGUCGGGCACUACGCGUACGCGGUGCGACUAAUCUGGGGCCGCUUCGGCUACGAACUCACCAGCACCAUGUUCGUGCUCUUCCUCGUGCUCCUCGUAGGCUCCCACACCCUCACAGGAACAAUCGCAUGGGUAAACAUCGUCGGCAACCUCGACAUCUGCGCCCUAGUCUGGAGCGCAAUCUCCGCCAUCCUCCUCUUCCUCCUCGCCCUCCCGCCCACCUUCCACGACGUGAGUUUCCUAGGCUACAUCGACUUCGUCUCCAUCAUCGCCGCCAUCCUCAUCACAAUCGUCGCCACAGGCCUAAAAGCCCACUCCCUUCCCGCCGGCGGCCUCUCCGCCGUCGACUGGUCCGUCUGGCCCCCACCAGGAACAACCUUCUACGCCGCCUUCCUCUCCACCACCAACAUCAUCUUCGCCUACUCCUUCGCCGUCUGCCAAUUCAGCUUCAUGCGCGAACUGCACACGCCCAAGGACUACGUCAAGUCGAUCUGGGCGCUAGGCCUGAUUGAAAUCUUCAUCUACACCCUCGUCGGCGCCAUCGUCUACGCCUUCGUGGGCUCCGCCGUGCAAUCCCCCGCUUUACUCUCCGCGGGGACUUUAAUCUCCCGUGUAGCGUUCGGGGUCGCAUUACCCGUCAUUUUCAUCUCGGGCGCGAUAAACAGUACAGUCGUUGCCCGCUUCAUCAUGGAUCGGGCGUUCGCCAAUAAUGCGCGCGUGCGAUAUGUGCACAGCACCAAAGGCUGGAUCAUCUGGAUCUCGCUCAUUGCGGGCAUUACGCUGAUCAGCUGGGUCAUUGCCGAAGCGAUCCCGUUCUUCAAUGCGCUGCUAGGACUGAUUUCCAGUCUUUUCAUCUCUGGAUUCACUUUCUACUUCCCGGCCAUCUUCUGGUUCAAGCUGGUGAAGCAAGGGAAAUGGAACCAAGGAGCGAAGAACAUUUCGCUGUCGAUACUGAAUGGAUUCAUUUUCUGCAUUGGGCUGAUUGUGUUGGGAUGCGGCACUUAUGCUUCUGUGGAGAGUAUUUUGGAAGAAUAUGCGAAGGGGAGUGUUAGAGGCUCAUUCACAUGCUCAGCGCAAGGGUAUUUGUAG